UGCUACAACCGAUCGGUCGCGGUGUUGUAGCAACUGUCGCUCCAUUAAACCGGGAGGUGUUGUCGUUUCCAGCGCUGCUUACCGGGAGGAGAAGAGUCGGGUUAUGUAACGCGGCGGGGCUUCAGCGUUACUGCGCCGACUCUCAGUCAGCACGCGGCUGUGCAGACUGUUGUGACAUUAUUAUGGAUUUGUUUUGCCUCUUUAUUGACACCACAUUUGCAAAAUGACUGUAAGACAGGAGCGGACUUCUCUGCCGCGUCCCAACACAGUUGCAUCAUUGACAGAAGACGACUGACAAGUUUUCUCUGACAGCGGUGGUGGCCGGGUCGGACAUGAUGCCGGGACAGAUACCUGACCCUUCGCUGGCGGCGGGCUCCCUGCCCUGCCUGGGCCCGCUGGCGGGCAUCUCGGCCACCACGCUCACCGAUCAGCUCAAGCUGGCUGACUUCCGCCAGCUGGGUACCAUGCUGUCCCCGCUGCAUUUCCUGGGGAGGCUAGGGAAGAGGCCGCUGGCCAUCAAGACUGAGAUGGACGAAGACGACGAUAGGAGGAAACGGAGACGAGAGAAAAACAAGGUAGCGGCAGCACGAUGCCGAAACAAAAAGAAGGAACGGACCGACUUCCUUCAAAGGGAAUCGGAGCGUCUGGAGAUGGUGAACUCCGACCUGAAGGCCCAGAUCGAGGAGCUCCGUCUGGAGAGGCAGCAGCUGAUGGUGAUGCUGAAUCUCCACCGGCCCACCUGCAUCGUGCGGACCGACAGCGUCAAGACGCCGGAGAGCGAGGUCAACCCCUUGUUGGAGCAGCUGUCCGCCGACGCCAAGUGAAACCAGGAGACCGGGGGACGCCGAGUCCCUGACGCCCAAACUGCCGGCAAAGUGCCAGCCUUUUGAAUGAAAACCUAACUGGCGAUACAUUUCUAGACAAGCACUUGAGCUCCAAGCUGAAGACUUUUGGAGACUCUGCCCGAAGACCUGAGGUUGUACAGCUUCCUCAGUACUGCUACAUGAGCUGGCUCUGUCCAUUGGAAGACUGGCAAGACCCAGUUUCAUCUCCGCAUUAAGUGUUGUUGUUGACACCCGCUGUGCCUUGUUGUUACUUCAAC